UUAAACUAUUUAAAGAAUAAUGGUGUUUUGUAAUGUUACAGGACGCCUUGGUUGAGCAGAGCUCCCAAGGCCAAUUCACUCUAGAGGGUCGCNAGGAUAUUCUUGCUGCUGCGAUUGGACGACUUGAGCACCCUGGACGUGUACGUGCUGCAGGUUCUGGAGUAGGAAUUAAAGAUUAUUUUGGGAACUCUUCUCGUCAGCCUUCAUAUUCAUACAGCGAUACACAAAGGAUGACAGAAGAGAUCACAAAAAAGGUCCGAGAAGACCUUAAAGAGGAGAUCGGGGCCGAGGUGAGGGCUGAAUUCAACGUCAUGUUCCAGCAGCAGUUUCAGAGCAUGCGCCCGGUGCCAUCUCCUAUACAGGAACAUGUUAUCCCUCCCCCUCCCACAGGGAGAAGCGGGAAAAGAAGUUGUUUCGCAGCAGCCAUCCCAGAGGAUGACAUGGACGAUGAGGAUGGGGUGAAAGUCUCAGUGGAUGAAAUGAUCAUACCAGAUGCCUCGUUUCCUCUGUCCACGGAAGAGAUUUUCACUGUGGAACAAGCAUUUAAGUCGUUUAUCAGUUGA